AUGGCCCGGAUGCGGCGGACGCGGGCGGGGAAAACAAAAUGCUGCUCACUUCACACGGUGACCUUCCUCCUAGUAACGCUCUUCUUGGUCCUUUUUGGCACUGGUUUCCGGAUCCUAGGAAGCUCGAUGCUAGGGAGCAGGCAAGCAGGGGUAGGCAAGAGGGGGGAACUGGAUGGCCUGCAGGCCGUGGAACCUUCCAGGAUGGUUUAUGGACAGCCCAAGGUGCUAACACCCUGCAGGAGCGAUGUGUUGGUCCUGACCCCGUGGCUGGCGCCCGUUGUCUGGGAAGGGACCUUCAACACUGAUGUCCUGAACGAGCAGUUCCGGCUCUGGAACGCCACCAUCGGACUCACGGUGUUUGCUAUCAGAAAAUACAUGGUCUUCCUGGAGCUGUUCCUGCAGACGGCAGAGAAGUACUUCAUGGUGGGACACAGGGUCACCUACUACGUCUUCACCGACCGGCCGGCCGAUGUGCCCCACGUGCCCCUCAGGGAGGGCCGCAGGGUGGAGGUCCUCAAGGUUCCUGGCGCCCUGAGCUGGCAGGAGGUGUCCAUGCACCGCAUGGAGAUGAUCAGCAACUUCUCACAGCAGCGCUUCCUCCAUGAGGUGGACUACCUGGUGUGCAUGGAUGUGGACAUGAAAUUCUGCGAUCACGUGGGCGUGGAGAUCCUGUCCCCCCUCUUUGGCACCCUGCACCCCAGUUUCUACGGGGCAGCCCGCGAGGCCUUCACCUACGAGUGCCGGCCGCAGUCCCAGGCCUACAUUCCGAGAGACGAGGGUCACUUUUACUAUGCAGGGGGCUUUUUCGGGGGGUCGGUGGUCGAGGUUCUCCAGCUGACCACAGCCUGUCACCAGGCGAUGGUGGUGGACCAGGCCAACGGGCUCGAGGCUGUGUGGCACGAUGAGAGCCACCUGAACAGGUACCUGCUGGACCACAAGCCCACCAAGGUGCUGUCCCCAGAGUACCUGUGGGACAGACAGAAGCUGGGCUGGCCCCCCGUCAUGAAGAAGCUGAGAUUCGUGGCUGUGCCCAAGGGUCACCUGGACAUCCGGGGCUCCUGAGGGGCAAGUCCAGGCCCCCGGCCAUCCCCACACACUGAGGCCGCCUGGCACAGGUCCCUCUCUGUGGUCAGUCCAUGUUCAUCAGCUGUGCCAUCUGCAGCCGGGAUCAGCUCCAGUUUCCUCUUGGUGGUUUUCCUGUAUCAAUGCCGAGCAACCAAUUUUAAAAAGAACAAUUGAGGGAAAAGGUUUUCUCCCUGGUUCUAAGCAGACCCAGCCUGGUGGGGCAAGGGGCAGCCAGGUCUUCCUUCCCAGUACCCGUGCCAGGUCCCAGCCACGGGGUUUCAGGGUCAGGGGUGCUUGGAGCCGCCUCUCAGACCCCAAACCCCUGCCCGCCAGAGACCUUGGUGGGCUGCUAGCACGGCCUGGAGGAGCGUGGAGCCCUCUGCAGUAUUUCCAGCUCCUGCCUUUGUUUUAAAUGGAUAGUUCUGCGCUGGUGUUUGGGAAAUGUGGGCACCCACUCAGUCUGGACAUGGCCCUGUUGGGAUUCCUCAGUGGCCACAGUCGGUUUGCACUUGUGCACUCUCUCUGGGACGUGUGCAUGCACUG